AUGGCAUACGUUGUUCGAUUCGUGGUCACGAUAGUCGCUAAACUCAAUACAAAACGCGAUCGUUCAUUGACCCUGUCAUUAAUGAUAAAAUGCGAUCAGUCAUUAGCUUAUGGACCAUUAAGUGGAAAGGAAAUUCAAAAGGCUGAGACAUUGCUGAUCAAGCAUCACCAAGAAACAAAAAUCACCCCCGAAAUUAUUAAAGCACUGCAACAUCUCAAUAUCCUCAAAGAUGAUGAAGGGAUUCUCCGUUGUUACGGACGUCUUGAACGUGCUCAAAUGAACGACAUGACGAAAUAUCCCAUCUUCAUCUUGCAAAAAACUGAUCUUGCAAAAAUGAUUAUCUGUGAUUACCAUCGAAAAGGUUAUCCAGGAAUAAAUCAUACAAUAGCGCUUAUUAGGCAAAAGUUCUGGAUACCACAAUUGCGCUCACAAGUCACCACUUUGAUUCGUAAAUGCCUGCAAUGUCAAAAGUUCAAUAAUCUGCCAUAUAAGUACCCACAACAAGAAGACUUACCAAAAGAGAGGGUCAUACGAUCCUACCCGUUUCAGCACGUUGGACUGGAUUAUUUCGGGCCACUACCGAUCAUAAGUCCCGUAGGUCAGGGGAAAUGCUAUGGAUCCAUCAUUACGUGCAUGACAACAAGACUCAUUCAUUUGGAUGUAGUCUCCGACCUCACCACUGUAGCAUUUCUACAUAUGCUUCGACGUUUUUUUUUUGCAAGAAGAGGCAUUCCUCAGUCAAUAACGAGCGAUAACGCACCUACCUUCGAAUUGGGGGAAACAAUACUGAAUGAAAGUAUUCGAGCUGCAGAAAGUGAUCCAACAGUAGCAACAGAAUUGAGUGACAAAGCAAUUGACUGGAAACAUAUUACGCCGUAUGCUCCCUGGCAAGGAAGGUUUUAUUAA